CCUGGGACUGACUGUAGAACCUCUCCAUGCUUCACUGGUCCCUGCUCCUGGAAAUAUUGUCACUCCUAUUUUGGAAUUUGGAUCUGUUUGUACUCACAGCUGUUUGGAACAUUGGAACAGAAUAAUGGAUCUCACCACUUUUUACUUCCUGACCACUACUUUGGUUUUGAUACUGGAGCAUGAAGCAUACUCAGACUCCACCUCCAUCCCUGGGACUGGUUCAGAGGAGCGCCCCGUGAAGCUGCUUAACCACAGGCCCCAUCGGCGGGAGAAGCGUUGUUCCUGUGAGAACCUGAAGGAUAAAGAAUGUGUGUACUUCUGCCACAUCGGCAUCGUCUGGGUCAACACUCCUGGUCAGAUAGUGCCAUAUGGAGUGGGCUCUUUCCCUGUUCGACUGAGGAGAGAGGUGGGAAGGUGUUUCUGCGCAGAGAGAAAUGACUUGGAGUGCCGUCGCUUCUGCUCUGCCUUGCAUACACUCAAAGAAGGUGAAAAUGAUUUGGUCAAGAGGAGGUUUGCGACAAAGUUUAAGAAGAGAUAUAAGGCUGGAAUCUCGGAUGAAAGGAACCAACAAACACUAAUUCAAGAAACCUGAAAGGAGAGAAUGGACAUCACCCUCGUUCCAUGUGUCAUCCACUUUCAUUGGUCUCUUUUACAAUACGAUGCAAAAGGACAUUGUUCAAUGGUGGCCUGUGUCUGAAAUGUAUUUAUGAAAUGAUGUCGUAACUGCCUUCAUUUUGUCAUUGUGAAUCAUUAUUGAAUGAUUUUAUUGCUGUACAUAAAUAUUUCCACUUUACAACAUACAGUACAUACAUAAUUUUGAAAUCAGAUAUUGUUACAUUAUUGCAGAGUAAAUGUAAAUGUCUUGUAUCUCUGUCAAAAAUAUCUGUCAUUUUAACAUGU